AUGUUGGACAGCCAUGGCGAUGAUGAUGGCGGUGAAGUGCCUCGGAUACCUGGUGACACCAAUGCGGAGGUCCUUCCGUCCAAGAAACAAAAAGUUGGAGCAGAGAAGCAAGUGGAGGAGGCCAAACCCAUGAGCAAGCGAAAGAAGAGAAAAUUGGAGCAGCUGGCCCAGAAGAAGGCGAGCAAAGAACUGCGGGGCGAAGUUUUGGAACAACUCAAGGCAAUACAGCUGACGCCUGAUCAAGCAGAAUUAUUGAAGGCCUCCCAGAGCACCAGGCUGUCGAAGCGGGAGCAGAAAGCCAUGGCUCAACGCCGGGCGCAGUUGGGCAUUCCCUUGACGUCCACCAUGAAGGAGACGUUGAAGCGGAAGCCUCGGCAGGUGAAGCACCAAGCAAAUGAUCAGGAGGAGGAUACCGAUGCAGAUGAAGACGAUCCAGAUGAACUUCCCAAAGCAGGAGCCAAGGCACAGCCACCUCCAGAGCAGCCUGUGAAGAGCGUGAAACCUCAGGAAAUAAAAUUGGAAGUUCCAACGACAAAGAGGCCAAAACCUUCAGCAACAGCGGGCAGCGAGCCCGACAAGCUCAAGGUUGAGACUGCCAUGGCUCUCCAGCCUUUGCAGCGAGUUCAUGUGGAGCGAACGGCUGAGAUUGAGGAGCAACGUGCUCGACUACCAGCAGUGAUGAUGGAGCAGGAGUUUGUAGAGAUGGUGCUCAGCACCGACGUCAUGUUAGUCUGUGGUGAUACAGGGUGUGGAAAGUCGACUCAGGUGCCACAAUUCCUGUAUGAGCCCAUUUCUCAGCAACACCAAAUGCGGCGAAUGAUCAUGCAGUUGAAGGCGUUUAUCCUGGGGGGAACUGGGGCUCCGAAGCUGUUUGGCUACACCACAGGAGGAAAUCCCCCCAUCGCUGUCCAUGUCAUGGUGGCUAUCGUGGCCUCCUCCGCCGAAGCCCAGCCCCCGCGACUCGACCAGGCCGAGGAACUCUUUCGGCCUCACCUGCCAUGCUCUCCCAAGCAACUGAGACGGGUCUAUCUGCAGCUGGCCUUGCGAUACCAUCCGGACAAAUGCCAUGGCCGUGGUGAAUUGAGCAGUGCCACUGAGCUGUUUCAGGCCAUUGCCGCCGUUUAUGAACGACUGUUGAAGCUGUUGAAGCCGGGAGAAACUGGAGCUUUGCGGGUGAAGAGUCAGGUGGCAGCUGCUGCUGAACUGGGAGACUUGGAGGAGUUGGAACGACUUCUAAAGGAAGAUCCGCAGAGGGCAGUAGAACUCGAUGAUUUGGGCGUUUGUCCCUUGAUGUUUGCUGCGGCUGGGGGUCAGUUGGAUGCAAUUCGACUCUUGCUGUCUUAUGGCGCCGAUGUCUUGGCCAAGAAUCCUAUCAAUUGGACGGUGACGCUCUAUGCCUGUUUGGGGAACCAUGGUGAUGUGGUGCGCUGGUUGGUACAGAGUGCUGGAGCAAAGGUCACUGCACACGAGCUAAUCCUGACGGCAUACACUGGAAAUUCAGAAGCACUCGCUGCGCUGAUUGAGCUCUUCCAGGAGGGAAAGGGCGGUGAGAGGGCUCCUUACCUGAGCUCCGAACUGAGAAUGGAAAAUCUCUGUUGCACUUGGCUUGCGAAGGUGCCUCACAACAGCAUUUGGGGAAUCCGAUGGGGGGAGAGCUCAGGGACAGGUUUUCUUUUGGACCUCUUGGACACAUGGGACCUCCUUCCAGCUGACGAGAUCCUGCCAGGUCUUUGCUUCUUGAAAAGAUCUCCCGAAGAGCACCUGAACUGCGUCGAGCAGCUGUUGGCCAAACAUAUUCCCGUGGAUCAAGCUGAGCCCCAGCGAGGUCGAAGCUGCUUGCAGAACUUCGUGGAUGAUGUGAGAUGGCACACUCGAAAGUUCGAAGAUUCUCCCGCUCAUUUGCUGGCCUUGGAUCGGCUUUGCGAAGCAGGAGACGGCCGAGAGUUUGAAAACCCCGAAUUUGAGCAAAGUGUUAGGCGUGUGGGCCAAGAGUUGAACAACUCAGGGAAAGUUGGCCAUCAGGUUCGCUAUGACAGGAGCAACUGCACCAAGGACAUGCGGAUCAAGUUCAUGACGGAUGGUAUCCUCCUGAGAGAGGUGCAGGCCGACUUCCUGUGCAAAAAGUACACGGCAAUCGUCAUCGAUGAGGCGCACGAACGUGGCGUGAACUGCGACAUCCUGAUCGGUCUCCUGUCACGUGCGGUGCAGCAACGGCGUAAGGCCUUUGAGGAGGCAGUUGCAGCCGGGAAGUUCGACAAGGACAAGCCGAUUGAUGGGCAGGCGGCGCCUCCCUUGAAGUUGGUGAUCAUGUCAGCCACCCUGCGUUUGUGCGACUUUACCGAAAACCAGCAGCUUUUUCCGGUUCCUCCACCCGUUCUUCGCAUUGAUGCUCGGACCUUUCCCGUAACCGUGCACUUUGGACGGAGAACUGAGGAGGACUACAUCAAGGUCCUGAAGAUUCACAAAGAUUUGCCACCUGGAACUAUCCUGGUCUCAUUCCCAGCAUUCUCAGCAUUCUCAGCCUUCCAACUGCACUGUACUGCGGCUGGACCUUGCAAGGUCUUUGUCACUGGUCGACAGGAGGCACUGGAGGAGGCCGCUGCGGAAGUAGCCGAGGAGGAGGACCAGACGGCUGAGCUAGAUUUGGAAGCCUCCGACGAUGAAGCGAACCUGUCCGAGUCGAUGAACUCAGAAGCUGCAAAGGACUCUGACGAUGGAGAGGGCGGUAAAAGGCCAAAGAAGACACCGAAGAGCAAGAUCAAGCAGAAAACUGCUGCGCCUGACCCUGAAGCGGAACCCACUACAGGCCGUGCCCUUGAUGUCACAGCCGCUGCCAACUUGCCAAACCCUCCGGCAGGCGUGGAGCCCAGCGCUCCUGGAAAGCGGCGCAAGAAGUCGCGCAAGGCGGCUGCAACGAGUGCGACGAGUGCAGCGAGUGCGGCCCCUAAAGAGUCCAAGGAUGAGGAAAUUGCAGAUGAGAUGCCGGAGCUCUCCUUCGCCGUGGGCGAGGAGGAUGUCUUGGUUUUGGAAGCAGAGGCCCAAGCGGAGGAUGCCAAGGACGCAGAGUUGAAGAACCAGAGGAAGGUGAGAAUGUCGAGGCUGGACAAAAGCAGGACGGCUGGUGGCGUCUUCAAAGGCAUUGGCUUUGGAGAAGGGUCGGUGCCCAAGGUGUUGGUGCCCGGCAUUGACAAGGCAUCCUGCCCAACUUGCAUAGAGCUGCGCCAGAAUGUUGAAAAAAGCAUCCUCCCUGCAACCUGCAGCAACCUGCAGCAACCUGCAGCAACCUGCCGCCACCUGAAACCAGGCAGCUGGCGGCCCAAGCUCGUCACCUCAGUGCUGGGGGAGUUGGUCAAGCAGCCGUCCUGCCGGACCUUGGCCACGGCCGACACCGCCUGGCGUUUGUUGCAAGCGCUGGGGAUGGGCACUCAGAAAUUGCAGGUGGAACUCAACAUCUUUCACUACAACGGUGCCAUCAACGUGUGCCAGAAGUGUAGCGCUUGGGAGUUGGCCAUGGCAUUCCUGGAGAAAAUGCCCAGGAGGUCCAUCCAGCCUGAUGGUAUCAGCUACAAUGCGGUGAUGGGAGCCUGUGGUGAGGCCUCCUGCUGGCAGCUGGUUCUUCACCUCUUGGGCGAUGUGCCGUUGAAUGUGAUCAGCUUUAACACUGCUGCCAAGACCUUUGACAGGAGUGGUCACUGGCAGUUGGCGCUCCGCACGUUGGACCUCCUACGGGCAGCUAACUUCCAGCCAGAUAUGGUCAGCUAUGGCUCAGUGAUGAAUAGCUUGGCAGGAGGUUAUACCUCCUUCAUCAAAGCCUGCAGCAAAGAAAAGCAAUGGCUGCUGGCCAUGCAGAUGUUGGUUUCCAUGGCUGAAGCCCAGGUGGUUCCAGACCUCAUCAGUUGCAGCUCAGCCAUUGCCAGUUGCAGCGCGCAGUGGAGAAUUUCUCUGGCCUUGUUCGACAUUGCCAUGACUGCCAUGGCACCGGAUGUGCCGAUUUCCAAUGCCCUGCUGAUGUCGUUCUCCAGUCACUGGAAGAUGGCCAUGUGCUUUUUGCGGAACCUCGCAGGGCUCAGGAUCCGAGGUGAUGAAAUUACGCAAAAUUUGGCUUCUGACAGUUACAUCAAAGGAACACAGUGGCCAUCAGCUCUUGGGCUGUUUGACCUUGACCACCAUCUUCCGGCUCGUGUUUUGCCAUUGGAUCAGUGGCAGGCUGCUCUGCGGACACUUGGUUCAUUUAUCACCCCAGAGCGAGUGAGUCAGGCAGCGGAGCACGCCUCAGCUCAAAAGUGGCAGUUGGGCUUGGCCAUUUUCGAGCAGAUGGAUUUGGCAAUGGUGCAGAGGGAUGAACGCAACUGGAAUGAUGCCGUGGCAGCCUGUCAGAACGAUGCGUGGCCACUGGCACUUCACGCCCUACCUGUGCUGCUGGCUGCACGUUUGUCGCCCUCCUCGACAUACCAGGCUGCCAUCCUUGGAGGUCACAACCUGGAGAUGUUCACGAAGUGCAGAGAUUCUAUGACUCCUGCAGCUGCAUGUGGAACAAUGGCAAGGUUGUCAGUGAACGAUCCCAGAGUCAUACACUCCAGCAUGGUCGCUGCAAGCUGUGCGUUGGAUGAUAGCUGGAGUCCACAGGAGUUGUCCUUCCUUUGGUGGUCUUGUGCCAUGCUGGGGGUGAGCAACCCUUUGCUCUUUCACAAGCUGAAGGAGAUUUGCCUCAUCUCCCUGCGCCUCAUGAGCUCGGAGGGCUUGUUGGCUUUGGCCAUCGGUGCUAGCGCCAGCGUGAACGAUGUCAUUGGCAACGACGGAUCCCAGGUUGUGCUCAAUCUCUUGGACCGGGCCGUGCUCUACAAGCCGCCUGGAUGGGAGGUACAUGACGAGCACUUGCCCAAACAGCUCCGAACUUUUGCCCUGGAGGCUUUCCCAAACAAAGCCAUCUUGCAAGACGUGGCGCACAACUGUGGCUUUCUGCAUCGCUUGGACGUUCCAAAUUCGGGGCUCCUCUUGUUGGCCACGUCCUAUCGGGCCUAUUACGAGCUGCAGCUGCAGCUGGCGGCUGGAAGCCUCCAGCGCGACUACCUGGUCCUCGUCCACGGAGUGGCCUCGUUACGAGACCUCGGGGCGCGGGUGCAGCGCAGGGGCGAACGGAGCGUGGCAGGGGGCAGAGGAAGGCCCAGCCAUAGCAAGGUGGUGGAGAUUGCGAAAAUGCAAAGCGCCUUCACUCUGAUGUACUUGCGGAUUGUGACUGGGCGCCAGCAUCAGAUUCGAUGCCAUUUGGCACAUGUUGGACAUCCAGUCGUUUGCGAUGGCUUGUACAGCAGCUCUGGGACUUUCCAGUCAGAUUGUGGCUGGUGUCCCCGAAACUGGCUGCACCGAUGGCGCCUGAUCUUUCACCAUGAAACACGGAAGCACCAGGUGUCGAUGGCACUUCCAGCAGACUUGGCCAAGACUUUGGAGCCGAAGGUCACGAAGGUGGCAGGUCGAUCUGUCCAGAGCAUUCCAGAGCCUUCAGCUGUGCAUUCAGUGCUGGAUGCGGAUGUUUGUUCAGCUGGGUGCUGA